AGAAGAUUAAUAAGAGAGAGAGAGAGAGGGAAAGAGUAGAGAGAGAAAAUGGAUACAGUAGGUGUGUUUGGUGGAGCAACAGCGACUCCCUAUGUUUCAUCUUCUUCCUCACUCGCAAGAAAUGGCCGCUGCUUAUCGUGCGCACCCUCCCAAAACCUUAACCUGCGCACCUCCCACCUCGCCGCCUUCCGCCCACCUUCCCACCUCUCCUCCUCCUCCAAAACUCGCCCUAACAAGCUCCGCAAAUCCCGCAUAUUCCUUCCUCAUUUAGUUGCUUCCAUGGUUGAAGUGGAAGAGAGUUACAUUAUGAUUAAACCAGAUGGGGUUCAACGCGGCCUCGUUGGAGAGAUAAUUUCCAGGUUUGAGAAGAAGGGUAUUAAGCUUAAAGGAUUGAAGCUUUAUCAAUGCCCCACAGAACUAGCUCAGGAGCACUACAAGGAUUUGCAGUCGAAAUCAUUCUUCCCCAAUUUGAUCGACUAUAUUACAUCUGGUCCUGUCGUGUGUAUGGCGUGGGAGGGCGUAGGUGUUGUUGCCUCAGCACGCAAGUUAAUCGGAGCCACUAAUCCUCUUAACGCCGAGCCAGGCACUAUUAGAGGGGAUCUUGCCGUUCAAACCGGAAGGAAUGUUGUUCAUGGAAGCGACAGUCCUGAAAACGGCAAUAGGGAAAUAGCUCUAUGGUUCAAAGAAGGAGAAGUGGUGGAAUGGACACCCGUUCAAGAACCGUGGUUGAAGGAAUAGAGUUUUUCUUAUUCUAUAACUCGUUUUGAGGCUGUCCACACACAUUAACGAGAGUUCUCGAUUCCAAUUUUUUUUUUCUUUUGGCAUUUCUAACUUACGAGAAAUGUAACGGUUCAAUUUUCAAUUUGUGCCAAGUUUUGAAGAAAUUGUUUGAUUCAUCAUACGUGAUCUGCAAUUUUUCUUUAUCUUUAUUCAUUUUGCAAUAAAGCAGAAUUAUUCUUAUCUU